AUGCUUACUUCAGGCUUCAGCAACGCACCAAUCUCUCAAGGCCUCGUAGCUAGCGUUGUCUUGCUAUCAAUCCUGGCUACUGUGACAGACACGAAGUACUAUCUCUGGAUCGAAAUCCGGCCGCAUCUAUUCGAUUAUGGCCAGUUCUGGCGGCUGCUCACGUGGCAGUUGUGCUACACGAACAGUACAGAGGUUCUCUUUGCUGCCAUGACGUUCUACCACCUGCGGAUCGUUGAACGGCUGUGGGGAAGCAGAAAGUUUGCUUCCUUCAUACUGUCCACACUCCCAUACACUACGCUGUUGCCGCCGCUUCUGCUUGUUCUCGUCAUCCGUCCUUUGAGCUUCGGCCGCAUCAACUACUUGCCCGCUGGACCGACCCCGAUCGUGUUCGCUUUGCUUGCACAAUAUCACGCAGCGAUUCCCUACUUCUACAAAUACCGUCUUUCCAGCAGCGUCCCAACAUCAACCUCGGCCGGGACACAAAGGGAGUACGGCCUUGACUUGACCUCGAAGUCGACUUCCUACCUUUUACCGCUGCAGCUUGCGCUUUCACAGUUACCCGGCUCUGCGAUUGCGGCAGCCGUUGGCUGGCUAAUAGGCUUUGCUUACCGAAGAGAGAUUUUGCCCGGUGCGGCAAGGUGGAGGGUGCCAAAUUGGCUGCUUGGUGGGGCGGCACAGAAAGAGCAUUAUGACUCCCUGAGGCGGAGAAUGGAAGGUGAAGCGGGAAUAGCAACGGGCGUCGAGACCAACCGGGAACAUGUGCGACGAAGAGGCGUAGUUGGUGGGCUGAUAGAUCAGUUUCGGGGCGCCGUCUGA